GGAGAAAUAGAAAAAGAGACAGAGGAGGAAGGAAAAAGGGGUACGUGCAAAAGAAUAGAGAGAGAAAGAAGAGGAUAAAAAAAGGGGGAUCGAAGGGAGAGGGAGAGAGAGAGAGUGAGCGAGAGAGAAGACGCCGCGUGGACAGCUGUGUAGCCGGUUCUAAGUUUGUUUCCGUCCAUUCGUCGCUACGUUUUCGUGACAGAUGAGAUAGCACGGGAGUUUUGGAGGAUCGGCGGCGCUCGAUGCCGAUUGUUGUUGAUCCACGGGAAAAGAAAAAAAGUGCAACAAAAUUAAUUUACAUUCCCCCAAAACAGAGUGUGAGAAUCCUCUCCCCACAACGAUUCGCCAUUAAUCAUCUAGGAUCCCCUCCUCCCCCCACCAACUAUUUUUGCAAAAUUACCCCCCAAAAAAAAACAAACAAGAAGCGCGAAUCUUCUUGAAUUUAAAAAAAGUGACACGGUUUUUAUCCCUUUUUUUGGAUUUUAAGCCUGUUUUUACCCAAUUUUUUUGGUUAGGGGAAAUAUUUUUUUUUUUUUUUUGUGGAAAAAGAAGAGAACUAAAGCAAAAUGUUUAAAUUAUUGGGAGACUUAAGGACCUACUUCAAAUAUCAUGAGAUAUCAACGGACUCGAUGGUGUUUCGGCUCCAUAAUCAUUUUACGGCAGCGUUACUUUUCAUGUGUUCGAUGAUUAUUUCUGCUAAUCAGUUCGUAGGGAGUCCAAUUUCGUGUAUUGUUGAGGGACUACCAAAGUAUCCAAUCAACACAUACUGUUGGAUUAUGUCCACAUUCACGAUGCCGGAUGCCUUUAAUCGGCAGGUUGGCGUGGACGUUGCACAUCCAGGUGUUUCCAACGAUUUUGGAAAUGUGAAUGCAAGGAAAUAUUACACCUACUAUCAGUGGGUCUGUUUUGCACUAUUUUUCCAGGCAAUAUUGUGUUAUCUGCCUCACUAUAUUUGGAAAAUAUGGGAAGGAAAUUUGAUACGAUCGUUGGUGAUGGGUUUAAAUCAUGGCCUUGAGGAAGAGGAAACUAUAUCGAAAAAAAAGGAGCAUUUGAUGCAAUAUUUGAUGACGCAUAUAAAAUGUCACAACUCGUACGUCUAUCGUUACUUCAGCUGCGAAGUCUUGUGCCUGAUAAACAUUGUGGCGCAACUCUACUUGAUGAAUCUCUUCUUUGACGGUGAAUUUCUCAGCUACGGACUGAGAGUACUUCACAUUUCGGAUUUGCCACAGGAGAGUCGUGUCGAUCCAAUGGUCUACGUAUUUCCGCGCGUGACAAAAUGCAUUUUCCACAAAUACGGAGCCUCGGGUUCAAUUCAAAAGCACGAUUCACUUUGUGUUCUACCAUUGAAUGUUGUCAAUGAAAAAACAUAUAUUUUCAUUUGGUUCUGGUAUUUAAUUCUCCUCGGACUACUCACUGGCCUAUUAACAUAUCGAGCUGCAAUUAUUUUCGCGCCAUCAGUGAGGCCAAGAAUUCUUCAACUCUCAUCGAGAUUAUUGCCAAUCGAGACAUGUCAGAGUAUCAAUAAGAAAAUAGCAUUAGGCGAUUGGUGGAUACUUUAUAAUUUGUCAUCGAAUAUUGACUCGUUGAUUUAUCGCGAUUUCAUGGAGGAAUUGACGAAAAAAAUGGGCGACUCGAAUCUUGCACCCAGUGAAUCUUUAAAGCAAGCUUGAAUUUUUAUUUAAGGAGAAAAAGAAUAGAAAUUAUUUUUCAUAAAUUCUAUUUUUUUCCCUUAAAAAAUAGAAAUUACUUUUCAUAAAUUCUAUUUUUCCCCUAAAAAAAAAAACAG